CUUGUAGCGUUUUUUCAAGCUCAACGGUACUCAGCUGCUUUUCCAGAUGAAAUGAGUCUACAGGAUAAUUGCGGUGUUCAUGAGGUAAGAACCUCACAUCGUGGAGACUGUUUCUUACUCCUCCCAUCUGGAGAACGCGUUUUGAUUAAGUAUAUGAAUGGACUGCAAAUAUUAGGAUUUAGUUUUGCUUUUUUCGGCCUUGCCAGUGCAUUCUUAGGACUAUUGGAUAGUGUUCUUAUCCCAUCGUUAUCUCCAAAUGAUUCCAAUAAUUAUCCUGUUGAAUUUAGCCUAGCUGGUGGUUAUGGACUUCCUAUUUAUACCGGCGUGCUGGUCUUAUCCACUGGAGCGAUGGCCUUACGCACAAUUAUUAGCUUGCGUUACACUUCUGUGAGUAUUAUCUAGUUUCCAAGUUAAAACUUGUCAACAUAUUGUUACAUGUUAUAAUCAGGCUGAUUUCGUUAGACCUUUUACGAUUUACAUUCGUAAACUUAUGUUUAAUAUUCUUUCAGGAAGAUAAAUCGGACCUCAUGUGACCAGCUGGUAAAGUAGUUGGUUCAACUAAAUACCCUAAGAUAAAAUCUAAUUAAAGUACAGUGAUUACUUUUGUAGCAAAUUCUGUUAUCGGACUCCUACAUGAUUUACUCGAACUCCUAGAUAGAUAAAUCAGUAUUUUUCAGUAGUUGUGUACACAUAUAUUUACCCUUGUCAAGUAUUCCCUGAUAUUCUUGAGCGUUUUAAUGUGUUUGCCUGCGUGUGUUUGUUCAUCAACUACUCCACUCGUCACAUGCCUUUAGCCUGUCUUUUUCUGAGAUGGUGGAGAAGAUUUGUAGCUCAGGUGGAUGAUUUUGGUGGAGUUUUGUUCUCUGAGCUGGAUGGUUUGGUCGUGGAGCUUUCAUCGUUCUUCUGAACGACAUCAUCAGCACAAACUUCUGUCUGAUUAUAAAUAUUGAGCCACGUUUAAUAAAAGUUAGUUGGCUAUUUCUCCUGCAUUAUCAACCGUUUGAAGUAUACGGUCUUGAAUUACUUCCGUAUUCGACUGCAUUAUCUACGUUGGUGGAAUGUUUCGAAAAAAAUAUAUACGAAUUCAAUUAGGUCAGUUAGUUACAACGUACGACCAGGCACAUAUCUGCAUCGGUCCAAGUUACCAUACCUCAUUAGCACAACAAGGUGAACACCGGAUUCAUAGAAGUGCUUAAUUCAGUGUUGGUAAUAUAUAACAGAAGGAUUGCAUAUGAGGACAUAGUACGGGAAGAAAAAAUCAAGUUCGACAUAUAUUUUAUUCAGAUCAACGUCGUUUGAUCGUCCUGUAGUCAAAGAUGGGUACAAAAAUCCACUUUAUUUUUUGUUAGACAAACUGAAAAUUUUAACUGGAGGCACAAUAUUACCAUAGCCUAAAGACUCAAUAAGAUCAACAUAAGGACAAAUGACAUGAAGGAGUUAAAUGGACAAUAAAUGGCAAUUGGUUAAUGAAAUGUUCACAAAUUGAAGCUAAGUGAAGAGUCGCCAAGCAUGUCACUGCUGUUUAUUUCGAUCCACUCCACUUGACAUCUACCAUGUAUUUCCGCCUUCUGACAGGUUUCGGUAAAACGAAAUAUUCCAAAACAACGUACCAAUAUUGAAUGUCGGUGUAAGGUGUUAGCUUAAUUUCACCUGACUAUAAUUCUGAGCAGAGGUAGUUGUUUAGUCGGUUUCGGGAUAUUUGCUCAACAUUUUCCUGAUAAAAACUGACAUUUUAGUCUGAUUUUGGUUUCAGCUACGGAGAUUUUACAUAUCAUUAUGGUUGAUACUGUUGUUAAACGUUGUUUAUUGGUGUUGUUUAAUAGCUGCUAUAUCCUAUGGAAAUUUCGCACCAGAUCCGUCAUCAAAUAAGGUAGGUUGUUUGUUUCAAUGUUAUUAUUUUUUCCGUAUACAUGGACCUGCUUAGUGGUUAUCCUGCUACAUCGUAGCUGUGAUUGUAGAGUUAGAUUAUCACAAAGGCUUAGGUAUCAUGACAUUGUUUACUGUCCAGUAGACUUCUUAGUUCACAGUAUGGGCUACAAAACUUAGAUUGGCAGUUUUAGAUAUUGAGUAAUGUUAAUAUCUCAAUCGUGUCACGUAAAGAAAUGUACCUCGACACGAUAAUUGUAGUUAUAACACGAGAUACAUUAAUACUAAUUAGUGGCCUAAUUGAGUAGAAUUAUACAAGAACUUAAGUAGUCAAGAAUUAUUUAAAAAUGUAUAUAGGAUAUAUGCAUAUCAAUAUUAUCGUUUUUUUGGAAUUACAAUACCCCAUACAAUAUAGACCUGUUUCAUUUUGUACCUUAUCUUAGAUGAGUUUUUCUAUGAUGUAUGACUGAGACGUUCAGAACUUGUGGUUAGUGUUUCACGAAUGUAAGUUUUCAACGUCUACCCGUUUCAUAAAACUGUAGAAAACCUAUAUCAACUUAUUCAUGACUCAAGUGAUAUUUUCUGGAUUAUUGGGUUUAAAAAAGUGCUUUAUCUUAUCUAAUCUUUUUGAUCCGAUAGCUAACUAUUGAAGUGCAUAUUGUUAGCAAUGAUUCAUCAUGAAAGUAUAACAUUUGAAAAAGUAGUUUUUCACGACCAAAUAAUGUUCAUCGAGUAACCACUGGAAAUCUUUGGCCAGUAAAUAAUUAUUUCAUUCUGAACAAGAUCCAUGACUAAAUUUAGGGUUGCUAGAUCAAUCACUAACCAUAUUACGAUUGAUACGGAUGGUCAAAAUUUAGUGGCUAACAUUCAUCAACUAAAAACAUGUCGAUUGUUUAACUAAACUCACUUAGCAUAGCUUCACGUAUUUUACUUCGUGCUACAUUUAUUGCACAAAAGAUAGGUAUAAUACCCGAAUUGUCCGAUGAAAAUAAUUGCAGUGAUAUUUGAAUUCAUGUUACAAUAAUCACAGACUGGGUUUUCGAAAUCACCCAGUCUCUGUUACUCAAAAACCAUACGUUUCAGUAGUUCUUCCGCUUAUAUCAACUCAAGAUUUCUAAGAAAAUAACUUUUAUGUAACCAAACCCCUGAAAUUAAUCACUUUGAAACUUCUUCCUCUUCUACUUAAUUUUUAGAUUUCCAACUCACAUACCGUAACAAGAGUUUUUACAGCUGUAAAUUCUGGCCUUUCUUUAAUUCCGUGUUUCACAGGCUUAAUACUGUACAGUCGUCCCAUUCUUAGUAGAAAUCAAAAUAUCUUGUGUUGUUAUUCACUGAUUCAACAAUUUAGUUACUCUUCAUCUUAUAGACGCCUUUCCGAGGGCCAAAACCGAAAUGAUAGCACUAGUUCUAUUAGCGAAUGAUUCUUUUUAUCACGUGUUUUAUAAUCUCGUUUUAAAUAGAUCAGACAUUAUAUUUUGUACUUUCAUCAACAUUUUUGUCGAAAUUAAUCGUUUAUAUUCUAUCUUUUAUGUACAUGGCUAUGAAAAAUACCUUGAAAAAUUCAUUGUGAUUUCUAAUGAGAUCUCUAGGUGUUCAUUUAUGUGUUACUUUUACCGAUCAUGUUCUGAACAAGAAGAUGCAGUAUAUAUGCCAAACAUGUUCGAAAUUAGAGGUGCAAAACUACAGUGUCGCAAGUAUUUUCUAACAUACUCUUGUCUUUUUGCAAUCUAUGUACUUUUCUAGGAAACUGACUUAAUUGUUUCAAGGUUUUGUUCUUUAUAACUCGAUAUUUGCUCAAUUUUCUCGUUCGUAUUUUAGUUUUUUGUAAUUUGUGUUUUCCGUGAUCAACAGUUGGAUAAAUAUAUCAUUUGUUGAAAUUAUUAUUAUUAUUAUUAUAUGGUGUAAAUUCUCACACUAGUUAGUGCAAACCUAUUGAAUCACUAAGCUUGUUAUCUAUCGGAUUAGUAGUAAGUCGUUUGACAUAUAUUAUUUUCGAUUUAGUGUGUUCCUAUAGUAUAUCUUACUAUGAUUAAUUAUUUUGGGAUGAUGUCUACUUGUGUAACCGAUGUAAAGGCUUGUUCUAUUGCGCUCUCUUGUUAGGUUUUUUGUUGUGUAAACAGCAGUUAAAUAGUUGUUGAAAACGAUGUGAUUGAUCAUUAUUAACAAUACUGUUUAUUGUGGCGUAUCUAGGGGAAGACGUUCCAGCAUCUUAAAAGAAUUCUAUGGAUGAUGUUUUUCGGUGCAAGAAUCUUGAUAUUGACGUAAUAUUUAUGGAUCAUAUUUUCACUUGACAAAGUUUUCAUAUCGAAUGGACAAGAUAUAUCACUCAAAGGUCUCGCUUUAAUCAGAAGAAUGGUAGAAAUUUGAAAAGUACUAACAACGUAUUUCUUAUUGUAAUUUAUGUCCAACCUAGUUGGAUUGGUGCUGCACUCAGCACUACAGACAAAGCAACACCAAUUGAAAGGGUCCUCAGAAAAAAGUUUCAUAUGACUCUGAGCUAUCAAGUUCAUUUAAAAUGAAAAGUAAUUGGCAAAGAAUACAGUGGUAUACAUAUGUCUUCUCAUAUUGCACUAAAAUCCAACUAAAGAAGUGUUCUUCCAUGAAUUCGAUAGCUUUAACAAAACGCGCUGAACAGAUUGCAUGAGACUAGCUAAAGACGCAAAUAUACGUGAUAAAGUGAGAACAGAGAAAACUGUUUCGACCAAUAUUUCUGUGGUAGAUUAAAUGCUAGAAAUAAGCUUGUAUAGAGUUGCGGAAAUGCUAAAAUAUUUUCAAAAAAAAAAACGCCAAAUUCGUAGACAGCUGUCGUUGGCAUGUUACUUGGUGUUCUAUUUCUUAAACUCAAAUAGAUCAUAUCGCUAUUAGUUAUCGAUGGUGCUUGUAAGUAGAGAUCUUCCACACUCCUAACUCCCUGUCAGGAUUCUGAUCACGCGUUCAUAUAACUCAUCUGGUGGUCAAAAAUUCAUCACUAUCAACCAAUUGUUUUAAGUAAAUUAGACCCAUGGAUUGUCGUGUCCAAGUAGUAAAUCGUAUUGGUUGGAUUAACCUGUCCCAACUCAUUGAGAUUUUGUGAUUAGGGUCUUAAGGAUCAUGCAAUUUAGUGGCUGCAGACAUAAAUGAGGAAGGAAGGCAUUUAUAGUCAUGAUACAGUUCCUAGUAGUGUUCUUAAAUAAAAUGUAAUUUUAACUGGACGGAAUUUAUCUUGGCCAGGGAAUUCAAUGAAUAUUUGUCGUUCUGCAUUGACUGUUGUUGAUGUAUUCAUAAAAUAAGUUAUGUAAAAGUGAAACAUGUUUAUUUUUGGGUUAUAUUGUGAAGACCAUUUAGAGCCCGAGUACCUCACAAACUUACUUACGCCUGUUACUCCUCAUAGAGGAGCAUAAGCCCCCACCAUCACUCUCCAUUCAACCCUGUCUUGGGCAAUCCUUUCCAGUUAUUAUUCAUCCUUUCCGUAUUUACUUCUAUUUCUCGACGUAA